AUGCAUUAUUCGGCGAUUCUUCUUGUGUUUUCUCUCGUUUUCCUCUCCGCACUUCCAACGAAAAGCCUCAAUGAAGAUGACUCGAUUUCUUCGAAUCAACGUGCUUCCAUUCGUCCACCGAUCGUCAUACAGCCCAUCAAUUGGCGUUUAAACGUGAUUCAAAUGGCUCCUCGUGAUCUACCACCAGCCGUUGACGAUCUUAUGGCUUAUCACCUCAAAAAGCGAUGGGAAAAUAAUCCA